AUGUCCUGUAUAAUCUUCCUGUUUGUGCGGAUGCAGCGGGCAGGUUCUGCAGCAGUCACAUCACCUAUCGACUCCGCCACAGCAGCUCUGUCGCCAUCUGCAGCAACGGCUCCGUCGUACGAGGGCCGUCCCGGCCGCGCGACGGUCAUCGCCGCCGCCGCCGCCGCCACACAGCUCACCUCCGACACCCCCAGCCCAUCCCCCUCCUCAUCUCCCGCCUCUUCGACGGAUUUUGAUUUCGUCUGCCCCAUAUGCCUUCAGACACAUUUCAGCUUGAGCUCCAUGCCGACCCAGUCUGGCGGGCUUUCCUGCGUUCGCUGUCAGCGCACGUUCCCCUCCUCCCCGGCCUAUCUGGAUCUCACACUCACCAGCGGUGUACGGCAGAGGGUAUAUAAACAGCGUUCCUGGGGGGGUACGGAGCUGUUCAGGAACCCUCUGGUGAGCUUUGCGUACGAGCGAGGCUGGCGGCAGGGCUUUGCAUGGGCGGGCUUCCCCGGCGCUGACAAGGAGUACGACAUCGCCAUGUCGUACUUGCUGCCUGCCGCCGCGGGCAAGGUGCUGGUGGACAUGUCGUGCGGCAGCGGGCUCUUCUCCCGCCGGUUCGCUCGCAGUGGCGCGUUCUCCGGUGUUGUGGCGGCUGACUUCAGCGAGAGCAUGUUGCAGCAGACCCGCGAGUAUUGCAUGGCUGAGGGGGGAACGCUGAAUGGAAGUACCCCCAUCAUGCUACUGCGAGCUGACGUGGGUCGACUGCCCUUCGCCACGGGGAGUGUGGCUGCCGUACAUGCAGGGGCGGCCAUCCACUGCUGGCCUAACCCGCAGGUGGCCCUGGCGGAGAUUAGUCGUGUCCUGGCUCCAGGGGGUGUGUUCGUGGCGUCAACGUUCCUCACCGCCACCGCCCCGCUGGGCCAGGUGCUGGGGGAUGAUGCCGUACGACCACUGAGCCAGCUCGACCCAACCACCGCGGGCGGCAUUGUGGGUACGCCGUACCGCUGGUGGGAGGAGCAGGAGCUCCUGGACCUGUGUACGGCAGUAGGGCUGCAGGACUGGAGGAGGGAGCGGACCUGGAGGUUCAUCAUGUUCGCCGUCACGAAACCGAAUUCUGCCUCUUGAGCUUCCCGCCUUCCCCGCCUCCUUCCCCGCGUCCCCCGCCUCCCCCGCCUCCCCCCGCGCCUGCUGCCUUAGCCGUAACCCUCUCUCAUUCUUCAUCUUGCCCUUCUGGUGCUUUCCUCUUCGCCUUUUCCUGGAUCUGGCUUUGGAUUUGGAUUCAGAUUUGGACUGGCAGCUACACGUUUUCCGAACUAGGGAAAUGGAAACUCCGUUUCCACUGGGGUUUGAACUGGCAGCUGUACGACGUCCGAAUCCAAGAGCGCAGAGUAGCUACUAGCGGGCAUUCUAGCACGUGCAUCUUUUGCCCGUACGGCAUUUGACAACCUGCUGGAAAGAAACCUGGUUGGAUGGAAGCCUUAAUUUAGAGGUGUACAUGAGUGUUAUGCUUGCAGCAAGCAGAAUACGCGCGUCUGAUCUUAAAAGUACGUGUAGGAGUGUGCAUAUUUGUAUGUAUGUAUGUAUGUAUGUAUUUAGUGGGAAUUGGAGCCACGACGAUGUCGGGUAGGUGGGUGGAGGUGUUUUGCGCAUAUCGGAAAACCGGCACUUAGAGCGAGGGUUGGUAGGCUUCUCACAAAAAGGAAUUUUAAAAACGAGUUUGUGUGUAAGUGUGUGUGUAUAUUGGAUACAGCGGUACACAUUUAUAAAUAACUGAGCGCCUGCACACAGAGAGAGAGAGAGAGAGAAAGAGAGAGGGAAGUGGGGGAAGAUUGAGGGGGGAACGUGUGUGGUUUCAUGAGUGAUUAUGUGUGUGUUUUCUUCCUGUCUGUGUAUGUAUGUAUGUAUGUAUGUAUGUAUCAGCGUUAUUUUUUUGCGGAAUAUAUUCCGAAUUCUGAAUUAAAAAAUGUUCGUGG